AUGGCGACGACUGCUGCUGGCCCGUCGCGACCCAGUCGCCUUUUCUAUAUUAACGACAAGUCGAGCGGCCUUCGUUUCCUGGUCGAUACCGGUGCCGAGGUCAGCGUCAUCCCGCCUCUAAGGCGUCACCGCCUCAAGCCAUCGCAAUUCUCAUUGCAGGCUGCAAAUAGCACCACAAUCAGCACCUACGGCCAACUGUCCCUCACUUUAGAUCUUGGUCUCCGGCGACGUUUUCAAUGGGUCUUUAUAGAGGCUGACGUCAAAUCGCCCAUUAUCGGGGCCGACUUUUUGUCAUCUUUCGGCUUAACAGUCAAUGUCAGACACCGUCGCCUCUCAGACACCACCACCCAACUCUUUACUAUAGGUACCAGUAGCUCUGAACGGUCGGUUGGCAUUCAUGUCACCAUCCCCAGCACCCCUUUCGCUGACAUUUUGAAGGACUACCCGUCCAUCACUAAACCAUGUCAUUUUACCGAAACCGUUCAACACGGAGUGAAACACCACAUUGUCACGGCAGGGCAACCAGUGAACGCUCGUCCGCGUAGACUCCACCCUGACAAGCUCCGAAUAGCAAAGAACGAAUUUGAACAUAUGAUGAAUCUGGGCAUUAUACGCCCAUCAUCUAGCCCAUGGGCCUCACCACUGCACAUGGUGCCAAAGAAGUCCCCUGACAAUUGGAGACCGUGCGGUGAUUAUCGAGCCCUAAACAGGUCCACAGUCCCUGACCGGUACCCCAUUCCCCACAUUCAUGACUUUUCCCACAUGUUAGCCGGCAAAACUGUUUUUUCCAAGAUAGACCUCGUCAGGGCGUACCACCAAAUCCUGGUCGCUGAGGAAGAUAUCCCAAAGACCGCUAUCACGACACCCUUUGGGCUGUUCGAAUUUAUUCGCAUGCCUUUUGGUUUGCGCAAUGCUGCCCAGUCGUUUCAGCGCUUCAUCGAUGAGAUCUUGCGGGGCCUUCCAUUCGCUUACGCCUACAUCGACGACAUGCUCGUCGCAAGCUCUUCGGCAGAGGAACAUGCCUCGCAUUUACGCCUCAUAUUCGUUCGUUUCCAGCAACACGGUUUGCAAUUAAACGCUGACAAAUGUGUUUUUGGCGUUAAUUCUCUCGAUUUCCUUGGCCAUCACGUCGAUCAGCACGGAAUCACUCCACUUACAGAGAAGGUGCAAUGCAUCUUGUCUUUCCCUGUUCCCAACACACUCACUCAGCUGCGACGUUUCAUAGGCCUUACCAACUAUUACAGACGUUUUAUUCCCCAUUGUGCGGCAAUCCUGGCUCCCUUGACUGACCUUUUGAAGUCGAAAGCAAAACCUAUUGAACUUUCACCGGCAGCCCAUACAGCUUUUGAGGAAGCGAAAAAGGCUCUUGCCGAUGCCACCCUGCUGCACCACCUCAGCUCUGACGCUCAUACAGAGCUCAUUUUGACCACCGACGCUUCCAGCAGUACUGUCGGCGCAGUCUUGCAACAACAGGUGAAUAACCAGUUGCAGCCUUUAGCUUUCUUUUCACAGAAGCUACAACCGGCACAGACUCGCUACAGUACUUUCUCUCGCGAGCUCCUUGCCGUCUACUUGGCCAUACGUCACUUUCGACACCUUUUAGAGGGCAGAGACUUUUCGGUCCACACUGACCACAAGCCUCUCACUUACGCCCUGAAGGCCAAGCCAGAUCGGUUCUCGCCCAGGGAAGUUCGUCACCUGGACUAUAUUUCGCAGUUUACUGCCGACAUCCGCUACGUCCGAGGCAGCGACAAUGUCGUUGCUGAUGCAUUAUCCCGUCCGGACAUCAACACACUCACAUCCGAUUUCGACCUGGCGAGGCUUGCAGACCUCCAAACAGCAGACGAGUCCAUCGCGGACUUACGUACGUCUACUACUCUGCAGCUUCGAGAUGCACCACUUCCUGCAUCACCAGGUACGAUUUUGUGCGAUUGGUCCACAGGCACCCCUCGUCCUGUUGUUCCACUAUCCUAUCGUAAGGUCGUCUUUGACCACUUUCACUCCCUCUCUCACCCUGGCAUUCACGCUGGACGUAAGUUAAUCGUGGCUCGUUUUGUUUGGCCGAAGAUGAAUUCCGACAUUGCCCUUUGGACCAAACAGUGUCUCGCAUGCCAAAAGAACAAGGUUCAUCGACACACUAUCUCCCCUCCAAGUACAUUUGCGGUCCCGGACGUUUGA